AUACUUAUCAUCUCUUAAAGAUGCUUCUAGCAUGUUCAGGAUUUCCUUACACCAGUUGAGGAUUUCCAAUGACGAUUCUUGAAGUAAAUGAUUAUUUGUAAAUACUUACCGAGCCCUUGCCUGUGAAGAGUCAACAUCUCAUUGUUAGCUUCGUUAGAUGACAAUCUAAAAUACAGUUGUAGUCCUUUCGCCAAUAGGAGAUGAAUGGGAGCUCGGGGCAUUUGAGGUACUUAAAAUGAAUGGCAUUUGAUUAAUUUGACACAUUGGAAUCGGGGGACCAAUUGAUCGAACAUAUUCAAAACUGGAUAUUGUGGUUUGAUGCAACGGACUUCGCUGGCAGCUACAUCAAUAUCCACUGAGUUGUAAAUAAGGUCUUUGUCAGUCUUCGCAUUCCUUGAAAAUAUGUGAGACACAGAAAACGGUACUUCUUCGGUUCAUUACUAACCAUUGAAAGUUUUGUUACCAAAACUCUCUCUAAAACCUGUGUAACUUGUAUGGCUUAUUCUGAAGAACUCAACUCGGACUUGAAGAAUAUUUUUAAGUUUUACAAACUUUUAGACUAUACACAAGAUGUAUGUAUGCAGAUAUGCGUAUAUGCCGAAUCAGUUUUAAAGACACUAUGUGUGGAGAAUCCUUUUAAUGAUCGUCAUCAUGAUAUAUGUACAGUGCAGCAUUUGCCUAACGAAGAUUUUUUUAUAUUUAAGAAUUUUUUAAGUGAGAAUGAAAUAGACGCUUUGUUACUAGCUGCAUUAACUGAAUGGUGUUAUCUACCGUCAGCAGAGAAUAAUUUAAGCACCACCGCAGAUGUGAUAACAAACAGUAAAAAAAUAUCUCCUAGUAAUCCAUGGUAUUGUAAACUACGUUGGAUAACAUUAGGAUAUCAUUACCAAUGGAGUGAUAGGGUUUACGAUGAAUCCAAAGUUGGAGAGUUCCCCUUAUUGUUGAAUGAAAUCACUGUGCAUGUGGUGAAUUUUCUUCGUCUUCUCAUAGAAACUGGCAGUAUUUCUUCAAACAACUCCACUCGUUUACUUGAAAAAUGUCAAAAUUAUAAACCGGAGGCUUCCAUAGUAAAUUAUUAUCGGACAAAAACAACUAUGGGCUUUCAUUCUGAUGAUGCAGAGCUGGACAAAGAAGCUCCUUUGGUUUCGAUAAGCAUUGGACCUACUGCACUAUUCUUACUGGAGACUUCAAAACCUAUUGACUGCCAACAUAGUCCUGUACAUGAAUUCACUGGUUCCAAUACCAUAUUCCCCGUGUUCCUUCAACACGGUGAUAUAGUAAUUAUGGCUGGUAAAAGUCGUUUAGCUCGUCAUGCUGUUCCCAAUAUUUUCUUCAACGAUAUUCCUAAUGUUGUAUUAGAAACAGCUCAACGUGUCAGUCACAAGAUUUGCGAAAGUGUUGUACACGAGAAAGGCAAUGAUUCAUGUUUACACUGUCAAGAGUUUCUACAGUAUGCGGCAUCUACACGAAUCAAUAUGAAUGUACGUCAAGUGAUGCCUGUAAAUGAAUAACUUUUCUUUUUCAAAGUACAUUAAUAAUAAUAAAAAUGCUUAUUUGUAUUGUUACUUUUUAUAAAAUAUGUAAAUGAAAAGAAAUAAUAAAACUAACUGAUGCUUCAA